AUGGCACCGAGGUUGGGAAUCUUUCUGAUUUGGGCUGGAGCCUGUGUCUUUCUACAACUGGACCAUGUGGAUGGAGAUCCUGAAGAACUGAUGAAUAGAAUGUCUUUGCUUUUUGCAGAUAAUAAAUGUGUUUUCUCAUUCACCUAUGAAGGCAAAUGGUGUUUUGAUUGCACUAAGGUAGAUUCCCUAUACUAUUGGUGUUCUCUAACUGAAAAUUUUUCAGUAAGGUGGAAAGAUUGUGUUGAGGAAGACUAUGUCCAGUGUGUCUUUCCCUUUAUCUAUUGUGGUCAAACAUAUGACAAUUGCACAACUACUGGGAGUGUGUUUGGGAUGCCUUGGUGUUCAGUCACUCCUAACUAUGAUGAGGAUGGAAGUUGGAAAUAUUGCUAGUAAUAAAAGGUGCAUCUACCCAUGGCCAUGGAUGCAAUCAAGCCUUUGAAUCCUAAGUGAAGAAAAUCAAGAAAUCUCAAGCAUGAAGGUGA